UAUGCUUUGCGCACUCCGAAGCUGCACAUAAUGUUUGAGAAGUCUUCCGUUAAGCAGGUCAGCUCCUCCUCGUCAGUGUGAUCAGGUCCGCCUCCUGUCAGCUGCAGAUGCCGGCCGAUCUCUGACUGAGUGCUCUCUUAUUUUUGCAUCUCUAUCUGUCAUUCAUUGUGAACGAGAAAGAUGACGUCGCGCUGAAAGUUUGAUGUUGCUGUUUUUUAUGCAACCUUUGGAUAUGCUCUGUUUUUUUAGGACUUAUAAGGAGGCUAUGAAAAUUUCCCUGAAGAUAAACAAGCUGGUGACAGGCUGUGCCUGCUGUUCAUAACUUGUGAUAUUAGAUUUGUUGGAGCUCAGAGAGCCACAGUAUGUAUAGGUUAUGCGCUGUUAUCGUGUGCUGCGCGGUUUUCUCACGGGGGUUUGCGGCACCUAAGUCCUUAGGUGAAGAUCCAAGGUUUCAACUUGAAAGCAGCGUAGAGGAAACUGACGGGCUGCAAGAGGAGAUUGAGGGUCAAGAGAGCAUCAUUUCAAAGCUGCUGGGUGAUUUUGACAAAGUGAAAGCCCUCUCGGAAGGCUCUGACUGUCGGUGUAAAUGUGUUGUCAGACCCCUGAGCAGGAGCGCCUGUCGGCGGAUAGAAGAAGGGAGCGCCACCGCGCAGGACUUCUACACGGUGGAGACUAUCACCUCAGGACCACAGUGCAAGUGCGCCUGCAUCGCUCCUCCGUCAGCGGUCAACCCAUGCGAGGGAGAGUUCAGGCUUAAAAAACUUAGGGAAGCUGGAAAAGAAAAUGUCAAGCUGCCCACCAUCCUUGAGCUGCUGGAGGGCUCUUUCUAUGGAAUGGAUUUACUGAAGCUGCACUCCGUUACCAGUAAGCUCCUAGAUCGUGUGGAUUACAUCGAAAAGGCGGUGUCUCCAAACCACAGCGUAGAUAAGGAGAAGCCUCAGGAGAGUCCUCCAGUCCAAGCAGAGGUGACUGAAGGCCCACUUCCUUCUCUUCUUCCUCAGCAUCAGCAUCAGAAUGAGAGGAGGCUCAAUGAGGGUGGAAAGGCAGCAGCAUAUCAAAACCUAGAGGAGAGGUAUGAAGGGAAGUUUAUUGGGGAAAAUCCACCUUUGCCACAGACAGAUGGCCCUGGUCAGAUCACUGAGGUCAGACCUCAGGUGACCCUGAAAAACAUGGCUCAAAAGGAAGCUCCACAGGUGUUGAAGACUGGCCCAAAUGGAAUGAUCAUCAGAGGGAUGACUUUUUACAAAUCAGAACCAGAUCCCAUGGUGGCAGAUGACGGUGAGCCUGGAGAGAACUUUUUUGAAUAUCAUGGAUUCAGCGGUGAUGGCUCAGUCAACCUUUUCAUAGAAGAGAAUCUUCUUCUACACAGAGCCCCUCGGCCCAGGAUGAGACCAGGAUUUGGAUCAUUCCAAGUAAAAACAUCAGGUUCUGUUCGUGAUUCUAGGAAAACCAUCCAAUCGGUGACAACAAAAGAAACUGAGCCCAUUUCAGAAACUCACAAUGAGAUAAUCAGUGACGCUGGAACGGCAACAGUGAAUGUGUCUCCACAGUCAACAAGUGAUGUAGCAACCACACCUAGUGUCAGAUUUGGACCAACCAGUGCAGUGCACCAACAGAAAACCACAAACAUGAUGCCACAGACUACUCAAAGACACACUCCUGAAGUCACCAAGUGGCCAAUGUCUUUGGUGACUGAGGUAGUAGAUUCAUCUUUAAGUAUAACUCCUGAGGAAACAACUCAAAUUACAAUAAACACAACUCAACCCUCUAAUAAUACCACCACAAAGCAAAUGGUACUAGCAUUAACAACGGUAAAUGCAUCCGUCGCUGAGAGGGAAACCUCUAGUGUUGAAAUGAGAGACCAAACACAAACCCUAUCUGGCAGGACAGCGGCUUAUCCAAGCACUAUUGCACGACACCCUGUGGCAGAGGCUUCAACUACCAGCACUCCAUCUGCUACAGCUUUCACAAGCUCAGCUACAGUACAUCCCACACCUCCCACAUCCACACAGCCUGAUGCUACAACACCACAAAAAGAAACAGAUUCCACCGACUUGUCAGUCUCAGUUUUACCUCCUAACCCUGCUCUGACCAAUGCCGCAACUGUAGCACCUUUCUCUUCAGCCAGCACCACUACCAUUACCAGACAGUCCACUCGAGUCAAACAGAAAUACAAAAUCAGCUGGGAAGAGGAGGAGAAGGAGGAAGGAUACCUGGAUGCCAGUGAACCAAUGCAAAGACAGGAGGAAUCAUCUUCAAAGAAACCUGGGGAAUGUAAGGACACAUUGGCAACCAUCUCCGAGCCAGUCACUCAUAACACCUAUGGCAGAACUGAGGGAGCAUGGAUGAAGGAUCCAAAGGCUGCUGAUGACAAAAUUUAUGUCACAAACUUCUAUUAUGGAAACAACCUCUUAGAGUUCCACAACCUGGAAGUGUUUAAACAAGGCCGUUUCACCAAUUCCUACAAGCUUCCUUACAACUGGAUUGGCACGGGACAUGUGGUCUAUGGAGGGGCCUUCUACUAUAACCGAGCAUUCUCCCGUGACAUCAUCAAAUUUGACCUACGACAGCGUCACGUGGCUGCCUGGACCAUGCUUCAUGAUGCCCUGUUUGAGGAGUCAUCAUCACCUUGGGAGUGGCGCAGCCACUCAGACAUCGACUUUGCCAUUGACGAGAGUGGUUUGUGGAUUAUUUACCCAGCACUGGAUGACGAGGGCUUCUUACAGGAGGUGGUUGUUCUAAGUCGACUGAACCCCUUAGACCUCAGCAUGGAGAGAGAGACCACUUGGAGAACUGGGCUUAGAAGGAACAGUUUUGGGAAUUGCUUCAUCGUUUGCGGCGUCCUGUAUGCCGUUGACAGCUAUAACCAAAAGGAUGCUAACCUAGAAUAUGCCUUUGACACACACACAAACACUCAAAUGAUUCCUAGAAUGCCCUUCAUAAAUAACUACACCUAUACCACACAGAUUGACUACAAUCCUAAAGAGGGUGUUUUGUAUGCAUGGGACAAUGGACACCAAGUCACAUAUGACAUUAAGUUUGCCUAUGUAGACUCUUAUUAAGGGACUGAUGUACCCUUUUAACUGAAUGGAUUGUAGAUCAGUCCACAUGGCCUUCAGCAUGAAGACAGAUGGGCCAAAUGUGUACAUAUAUUUUAGUGUUUAAAGUGUUUCCAUUAUUUUUUUUUAAAUGGGUACCUAAAUAACUAAAACAGUGAGCCUGUUUCCUCAGUCAACUGUACAUACUCAAAGUAUUUGAGCUGGUGUUUUUGCACAGAAAUAAAAUCUGGUUCUUUGAACUAAUUCCCAGUUCUUCAAAUCACAUCUUUGUUUCAUAAACAGCAUUUAAUUUUCUAUUUUUCUUUGCAUCAUAAUGUAUGCCACAAGUCCACCUUGUGAAAUCACUUAUUCCCAGAUAGACUUUGUAGAGAAGACUGCAAUAAAGCUCAGAGCUACACAUGGA